AUACUGAAAACAAAAACGGAAUGCUGCAAAGACUAUCCAACUAUCUAGUCAACACCCUUUCGAGGCGCAGCUUCAUUGCAAUCCAUCAUCCCCGGAUAUGCAACGUCCACCUGCAGCAACCACAACAGCAGCGGCAGCCGGAACCAUCAAAUCCGUUCGCCGAGCAACGACAUCGAAGCAAUCACAACCGGAACCGAGAGCAUUCCUUUGGCACCGCCGGCCUUCCCAUUCCGAUUCUAACGGCCAGCACAUUCCUAUCGUGGUUCAGCAAAAAGGAUGAUGAAGAUUCACCAGAAAGUAAGCUUAUUAACACCAUCAAAAUGUCGAUCCUCAACAUUCAACGGGAGGAGUACAAGAAAGCCGAACAAAUGCUGCACAUUGCUCUGAAAAUGGCACAGGACUUGCAGAGCAAGGACGGUAUCACGUACAUCUACGACAUUAUGGCUAACCUGGCGAUGGAAGUCGGCGAAUUUGCCAAAGCGGAAAAAUUGUUUGUGAACGUUAUGCAGCGAUUGUUCGCCGAUGGUUUUCUGGAAGAUCACAUGAAAAUGUUGCACAUUAGUUCGAAAGUAGCACAUCUUUCACAACUGCAGGGGCAGCUGGACAAAGCCGUACAGGGUUUCGAGUGGACACUCGCUAAGCUAGAGGAAAAACUGAAGCUCGUCGGUGAGGACACUGAAAUUCGAGAGUUAUGGGGAAUAACGAAAAAUUGGUAUGCACAGUUGCUGAUGGAAAUGAAGCGAUUUAGCGAGGCUAAAAUCUGCUUCCAGCAAGCGUACGAUGCUUACAGCGAGAUACACGGAAAAUUAACGGAAGAAGGCCUGACGAUACUUAAUAAUCUAAGCGUGGCUUGUUCGAAUCUAGAAGAUUAUGCGACCGCCGAAAAGUACCUGCUAGAAGCAAUCUCGCUUGCUGCUCAGAUACCGGAACUAACUGAAGCCGGGAUAUAUCGAGCCAAUCUGGGUUUACUUUAUCUGCAGCAGGGUUUGCUGAAACAGGCGACAGAGUUUUGCUCGUAUGCUUGGAAAUAUGGCAAGCACCAUAAACACGAAGAAACUGUGAUACAGGCCAACUACUGUUUAGAACAGAUUAGGUCCGUGCAAAAGUAAGAUUACACACUGUAUUUAUGUACCCGAUCGAGAUGCAGAAACUUUCAGAUUGGUAUAACCAGAGGAUUUAAAAUCUAAACCCAAUUUCAUUUUGGGACUAAUGUUGUUAAAAAAGUUUGUCACACUUUUGAAUCUUCGUCAAAAAAUAAUACUCGAUUGCGGAAAUAAUUUGACUUUUAUCCGAAGAUGUUGAAGAACUAUUGAUGUACUAAAAAUACGCCCCUUGAUUCUACACUCUUGGUGGCACAAUAUUUAUUUACUAUGUUUAAAAGAAAUUAAUUGCAAUAAUAAAUGGCAAA